AUGGGCGACGACAUGGACGUCAUCCCCGAGCGGGAGAUGAAGGAUUUUCAAUUCCGGGCCCUGAAGAAAAUCCGGAUCUUUGAAGCCCCCGAGGAUCUGCCCAAGGAGCGUGGCAACCUGCUGGUUGUGUCCAACAAAUACGGGCUGACGUUCACCGGUUGUGCAGCUGGACUGCAGGUCUUUCACACGAAAAGCCUGCUUAUGCAGAUUCAGGCUGGGGAUUCUCCUAAUAAAAUAGUAGAGAAUAUCCACGGCCUUUUUGUUCCCACAAAGUUUUGGGUGCAUCACUUGGCGCUCAGCUGUGAUAACCUUACGCUGUCGGUCUGCAUGGCCUCCAGCGAAGUUGGCUCUUUCGUUGGCUUUUUCGACGUCCGCACUUUUGUGAAUCAGGCUAAACAGCAAAAACGGCCAUUUGCUUAUCAAAAGAUGCCAGGCGCGCUGGUCAACGACCUCAAGUGGAAUCCAGUGAAUGCCUCCAUGUUAGCUGUCUGUCUGUCAGAUGGGAGUGUCUCCGUCCUGCAAGUGACGGAGACCGUAAAGGUGUACGCCACACUUCCUGCUUCAGUGGCUGUUACAUCCGUGUGUUGGAGUCCUAAAGGGAAACAGCUGGCAGUAGGCAAGCAGAACGGCACAGUCGUCCAGUAUCUGCCAAACCUGCAGGAAAAAAAAACCAUUCCUUGCCCUCCGUUCUAUGUGGCGGAUAAUCCUGUCAAGGUCCUGGAUGUGUUGUGGAUCGGCACUUACGUCUUCACCAUCAUUUACGCCGCUGCCGACGGGAGCUUAGAAACCGCCCCUGAAGUGGUUAUGGCUCUAUUGCCAAAAAAAGAAGAGAAGAGACCUGAAAUAUUUGUAAACUUUAUGGAGCCUUGUUACGGGAGUUGCACCGAGAGAUUACAUCACUACUUUCUUAACUAUGUUGAAGACUGGGAUCUGGUUUUAUUAGCUUCUGCCGCUUCCACAGAAGUCAGCAUCCUUGCAAGACAAGGGGAUCAGACCAACUGGGAACUGUGGGUGUUGGAAGACUCCAGCCGCGCAGAGCUUCCCGUGACGGACAAAAGCGACGACUCCUUACCAGUUGGGGUAGCCAUUGACUAUAGCAACAACAUGCCCAUCACUAUCA